AAAUGUCAGAGACAAGCCGCCGUCCCAUCCAUUGGCUGCAACCCAUAUUUCCACGUCUCUUCCUCUCACCAGAUUUUUUGUCCUAUAUAUAUAUACGAGCUCUCACCCAGGUCGACGCUCACAUACACUCUCUCAGUCGUCGUUUACUCUCGCCAGAUCAUUUGUCCUUUAAAUUCAUGCUCUGAUUAACUGGCCCUCUUCUACGCUCUACACUUUCUUUUUGUCGCUCAUUUCUUCUAAAGCCACAAUGUCGUCGCGUCGAGGCGGUGGUAGGCAACCUGACUCUCGCCGGGACCAACCGUCCCCGGCGGCUUAUCAAGGCGGCGGGAGAGGCAGAGGCGGAGGCGGAGGCGGUAGGGGUCGCGAAGGCGGAGGAGGAAGAGGAAGAGGUCGCGGUGCUCCUUCAACCUUCCCUCCGGCUCCUGCACCGGAAGCCUCCUUUCCGGCGAAUCCUUCUCCGUCCGCUUCUCCUGCUGGACCUCCUUCAGCAACUCUAGCGUCGUCGGAUUCUUCUGCGGCGUCGAGCUCGUCUAGGCCACCGGUUUCUUCUGAGGCGUCGAGUUCGUCUCGGCCACCGGUUCCAGAUUCGACCUCUGCGGCUGGUCUGAGCCGUGAAAUGAAGGAGAAGCUUACAUUGCAGGCUUCGGCGCCGCCGACGUCAUCGAAGGCAGUGGACUUUCCGAAGAGGCCCGGGUUUGGGACCAUCGGGAAGAAAAUCGUUGUCCGCGCGAAUCAUUUUCUGGUGGAAAUCAUGGACAGAGAUCUCCAUCACUACGAUGUUUCCAUCUCACCUGAGGUUAUUUCAAAGAAAGUCAGCAGAGAUAUAAUUAACCAGCUAGUAAAGUUGUACAUUGAGUCACACUUGGGUAAGCGAACUCCUGCAUAUGAUGGCAGGAAGAGCCUCUAUACGGCUGGGCCAUUGCCGUUUCAGUCGAAGGAGUUUGUUGUCAAGUUAGACGAUGAUCGUGUCUCCCCAUCUGCGCCAGUGAGAAAGGAGCGUCAGUUCAAAGUGACUAUCAAGUUAGCUUCUAAGGCUGACAUUCAUCAUCUUCGACAGUAUUUGAGCGGCAGGCAGCUGGAUUCUCCUCAAGAAACCAUUCAAGCUCUUGAUGUGGUUCUUAGAGCGGCCCCAUCACAGAAGUACAACGUUGUGGGGAGAUCAUUUUUCCAUCCUGAGUUGGGCCGACCGGGUGAGCUGGGCAAUGGUUUAGAGUAUUGGAGAGGGUUUUAUCAGAGUCUUCGUCCAACCCAAAUGGGACUUUCCCUUAAUAUUGAUGUGUCAGCUCGGGCGUUCUAUGAAUCGAUUCUUGUGACAGAUUUUGUUUCAAAACAUUUUAAUUUCAAUCUUUCAAGGCCUCUGUCUGAUCAAGAUCGUCUGAAGAUUAAAAAAGCACUGAGAGGAGUCAAAGUAGAGAUUACUAAUAGGGAGUAUUCCAGAAGUUACAAAGUCACUGCGGUAACAACACAGCCAACGAGCCAGUUAACGUUUACUCUUGAUGACCAGAAAACGAGAAUAUCAGUUGCUCAAUAUUAUCGUGAGAAAUAUAAUAUUGCGCUUAAGAAUGUGAAUCUGCCAGCCCUUCAAGCUGGGAGUGAUACAAAACCUAUUUAUUUGCCUAUGGAGCUUUGUAAGAUUUCUCCUGGACAGAGAUACUCUAAGAGAUUAAAUGAAAGACAAGUGACUAAUCUUUUAAGAGCAACUUGCCAACGGCCUCAAGAUAGGCAAAAUAGUAUCAACCAGAUGGUUAGGCAAAACAAUUUUAAAGGCAAUUCGCUUGUAAAUACCGAGUUUGGAAUUCAAGUAAGGGAGGAACAGCCAUUGGUUGAUGCUCGAGUUUUGCCAUCUCCAAUGCUUUUAUAUGAUAGACAAAGUGAACAACCUAGAAUGGGGCAAUGGAAUAUGAUAAACAAGAGAAUGAUCAACGGCGGUCGAGUGGAUUUUUGGACAUGUGUGAACUUCUCUUCGCGAGUCCACAGAGAUUUUCCAUUUGAUUUUUGUGACCAAUUGAUUAGCAUGUGCAGCAGCAAAGGAAUGGUUUUCAACCCAAACCCUUUGGUUCCCAUACGUUCAGCUCAUUCUAAUCAAGUUGAGAUGGCUCUCAGGGAUAUUCACAAGCAGUGUGUGCCAAAGUUUACAGAAAUUGGGCAGGCAGGAAAACAGCUUCAGCUAUUGAUAAUUAUUUUGCCUGACAUCACUGGGUCGUAUGGGAAAAUUAAACGAAUAUGUGAAACAGAACUUGGUAUUGUUUCUCAGUGUUGUAAGCCUAACCAAGCUUCAAAGCUUAGUAAGCAAUAUCUUGAAAAUGUAUCCCUCAAAAUCAAUGUCAAGGUUGGGGGACGUAACACUGUGUUAAAUGAUGCUUUGCGAAGAAAUAUUCCUCUUGUGACUGAUCGCCCUACAAUUAUAUUUGGUGCGGAUGUGACGCAUCCCCAGCCAGGAGAGGACUCUUCUCCAUCAAUAGCAGCGGUAGUGGCUUCGAUGGAUUGGCCUGAGGUCGUCAAGUACAGAGGACUUUUCUCUGCACAGGCUCAUCGUGAAGAAAUCAUCGAAGAUCUCUAUAAAUCAUCUCAGGAUCCUCAAAGGGGCUUAGUUCAUGGAGGAAUGAUUAGGGAACUACUUAUUGCAUUCAGAAGAUCCACUAAUCAGAAACCCUCCAGGAUUAUAUUCUACAGAGAUGGUGUCAGUGAAGGGCAGUUUAGUCAAGUUCUGCUUUAUGAGAUGGAUGCUAUAAGAAAGGCCUGUCUCUCACUUGAGGAGGGAUAUCUACCGCCUGUUACUUUUGUGGUGGUGCAGAAAAGACAUCAUACACGGCUUUUUCCUGCAGAUCAUGGAAAUCGUGAUCAGACUGACCGGAGUGGGAAUAUUCUUCCAGGUACUGUUGUCGAUACCAAGAUUUGCCAUCCAACGGGGUUUGACUUUUACCUCAACAGCCAUGCUGGAAUUCAGGGAACUAGCCGGCCGACACACUACCAUGUGUUGUAUGAUGAGAACAAAUUCAGUGCAGAUUCCUUACAGACGUUAACAAACAAUUUAUGUUACACGUUUGCAAGGUGCACUCGAUCAGUUUCAAUAGUGCCUCCGGCGUAUUAUGCCCAUUUGGCGGCAUUCCGAGCACGGUACUACAUUGAGGGUGACACAUCGGACAGCGGCUCCACAGUUGGGAGUGAGGGCAGAGUGGAGUUCCGGCCCCUUCCUCUGAUCAGGGAAAACGUGAAGGACGUGAUGUUUUAUUGCUGAAUCAGUUGGCCCUUUCCGUUGCGUGGCAUAGAUAAGCCUAACUUUUUGGUAAUACGUGCUUUUCUUGCCUUUUGAAGCAUCGGAAUGAAAAUGCAGUACAUGAAUGAAUGGGUAUAUGAUAGUAGAGUUUAUGUUGGCAAGGGCUUUUGAGAUUUUGAUUUUGUUUUUUGGGCAUUAUCUUCCCAUUUGCUCAAACUUUUGGCUCUGUAAAUGUGCAUCUAAACCCGUGGUUGUAAUGGUGUUUAUACUUCACAUUUCAAAGGAAAUCUAUAUAUUCUUGCCAACUUCUGGCUUUGCCA